AUGCUACGGAGACUAAAGACUUCGGAUGCCUCGCAGCAGUCGGUAGAUGAUGCGCAAAGUCCCGGCGAUCAGAGCAAUGACGACGGCCCAAUGUCGUCUCUGCAAAAGUAUCGCUCGCAGACAAUGAAGGACUAUGGUCUCAUGAUCGAGUACAAGCAUCUUCGUCAGCAUGUACCCAGCGGUAUUUACGUGCUGCCGAGCUUUGACCACUCGCGCAUCUGGUAUGGAGCCAUCUUUAUCCACGCCGGACUUUAUCGCAACGGCAUUUUCAAGUUUACUAUCUUCUUGCCCGAAAGCUACAAUGGACCAGGCACAUAUCCGCGUAUUGUAUUUAACACCAAUAUCUUUCAUCCAUAUGUGUACGAAGACACAAAGGAGCUAGAUUUAAAGCCUAAGUUUUUGGAGUGGGAUCCAGAACUGCACUAUAUGGUAGCAGUACUGACCUACCUCAAGGGAAUUUUUUACAUGAAAGACUUUCCCGAUAUUCUCCAGGUUGCAAACGGUGUCGCCCUAGAUAUGUUUAGGCAUGAUCCCGAAAAUUAUGUUAAUAAGGUGGAAGAAUGUGUUGACGAGUCCCUCACCAACGUGUAUAAUAACGAGCAAGGUUCUACAAUUCGUUUUACAAAGCACAACCCUGCUCAUGACAAUCUCCGGCAGGAGCUCUUCGCGCAGCUGGAUGCAUCCCUACCUGCAGUGCCACAAACACUUGAAGAGAAAAUGGCUACUCCACCUGCAUCUCGGUCGCUCUCCAUUGUGACAGCUGCAGUAGCGGAAAGUUCUGCCGGCCACGCCACUGCGGCUACCGCGGCAGACGAACCAAUGCCAGAUGUCUGA